UGCAGUUGAUAAGGCUGAAUAUUCACCAUUCCUUCACACCUCAGUUACUAAACCGGAGUUCUCACUUUCUUCUCGCUUCAUCGUCUCAGCUCAGCCAUGGCCUCUGUUUCUGCCAAUUUUGUUUGCUCAAGAACUUCAAUUCGAUUGCCCAACCAGAUGAUAACGAGCAAGAGUUUAAGGUUGGCGACAGUUGGUUGGGGGAGGACACCUGGUUUCCCUCGUCUCACUUCUUCCCGCUUUCAAAUCUCUUGUGCUGCAAAGCAAGAAACAGUGGACAAAGUGUGUGAGAUAGUGAGGAAGCAGCUUGCAUUGCCUGCUGACAAGGAAAUCACCCCUCAGACUACUUUCACGGAUCUUGGAGCCGACUCCCUCGAUACUGUGGAGAUUGUAAUGGGGCUGGAAGAAGAGUUUGACAUAACGGUGCAAGAGGAUAACCAAGACAACAUAAGCUGCAUCCAAGAAGCUGCUGAUCUCAUUGAACAGCUCGUUGCCAACAAAUCUUGAUACCUUCUUUUGUGUCAAUUUAGGAUUAUUUCAUGUAUGCUUUCGUUGUCUACAUUUUUGGUAUCUAAAGACUCAAAUAUUGUAGUUGGGGACAUGAAAGCUCUAUUCAAAAUUUUCUAUUUGGUGGAAUCUUUGAUUCAGAGGUA